AUGAAUAUGAAGAAGUUGGAAAGAAGAAACACUAUUGUUAUUGUUAUGUUAGUUGUUGUAUUUGAUCACUUUACUGCUUGUUUGGCUAACAUUGCCACUGAUGAAGCUGCUCUUCUUGCCUUCAAAUCUCACAUUUCUUCUUCUUCUUCUUCUGAUCCCAACAACAACAACGUAGUCGUCUUGCAAACCAACUGGUCUUCUUCAAUUCCAUCAUCAGUUUGCACCUGGAUAGGGAUCACUUGCAACGGGCGCCACAGAGUCACUGCUUUAGACAUAUCUAGCAUGCAACUUCAUGGUACCAUUCCUCCGCACCUUGGAAACCUCUCAUUUCUCGUAUCCCUUGACAUUAGUAACAACACUUUCCAUGGAGAUCUCCCAGAAGAGUUGACUCAUUUGCGGAGGUUGAAAUUGAUUGAUGUUACAAGAAACAAUUUUAGUGGUGCCAUUCCAUCAUUCUUAAGUUUGUUACCUAACCUUCGAUUCGUUUACCUUUCAAACAACCAAUAUUCAGGGGAAAUUCCAUCUUCCUUUUCCAAUCUAACAAAUCUUCAAGAGUUAAGAAUACAGAGGAAUUUUCUUCAAGGAAAAAUCCCUCCUGAAAUUGGCAAUCUUCAUUACUUGACUUUUUUAGACCUGCAAGGUAAUAGACUUACUGGCUCUAUACCGCCAUCAAUCUUCAACAUGACUUCCUUGACAACACUUGCUAUAAUACACAAUCGUCUUGUCGGUAAACUUCCUCUAGAUAUUUGUGACAAUCUACCAAAUCUUGAAGUUCUUUUACUAUCAACAAACAACCUGGAUGGCCUAAUCCCACCAAAUUUACAGAAAUGCUCAAAGCUACAACUGUUGACAUUGUCUGGCAAUGACUUCACUGGACCUAUACCAAGAGAACUUGGGAACUUAACUAUGCUCACAGUCUUGCAUCUUGGAGAAAACCAUUUAGAAGGUACGUCGUAUGAAUUACUCCCUCUGUUUCAAUUUGUUUAUCUAGUUUUGACUUGGCACUGGUUUAAGGAAGUAAAAAAGGACUUUUGA